AAAUUGUAGCCAAGAAUCAAGAAUGCGAUAAUGUGAGAAUGAUUGUACAACGUGAAUAAUUCUUGAAUCUUAAACUAUUCUUUCGUUCGCUCAGGUAGUACGAGCACGUUUUCUUGAGGCUAACCAAACAUGCGGUACGACUGCGUUUGAUAACUAUUUUGAUGUAUAAAAAACCGAUUAAACUUGAAUCUCACAAAGUUUUUACCUUAAUUUAAUUGUUCAUUAUUUAAAAUUACAUAAUGGAUAAAUCUAGCAAUAAAGGUGACAUGAAAGGUCUUCUGGUGGGCAUUGGUAAUCCCUUGCUAGACAUCUCUGCUAUUGUGGACGAGGAUUUACUGAAGAAGUAUGACUUGCAUCCUGAUGAUGCUAUUAUGGCAGAAGAAAAGCAUAUGCCACUGUAUAAAGAGCUAAUGGAAAAGUACAAUGCAGAGUUCAUAGCAGGCGGUAGUGUUCAGAACUCACUUCGUGUUGCGCAAUGGAUCCUUGGGACACCUGAUGUCUGCACUUACCUUGGUUGCGUUGGUGAUGACAACUACGCUAAGAUACUCAAGGAGAGAGCAGAGGCUGAUGGUGUCCGCGUGUUGUACCAAGUAUGCGGCGAGACGGCGACGGGCACUUGCGGCGUCCUGGUGACGGGCACGCACCGCUCGCUCUGCGCCAACCUGGCCGCGGCGCAGCGCUUCACGCCUGCACACCUCGACACCGACGCCUGCAAGGCCGCCAUACAGUCCGCAAAAUUUAUAUACGCAUCGGGUUUCUUCGUGGCGGUGUCACCGGAGUCGAUAAUGCGACUGGCUGAGCACUCGCAUAGAAACGGGCUGACCUUUAUCAUGAACCUGAGCGCGCCAUUUGUCUCGCAGUUCUACAAGGAGCCCCUGGAGAAGAUGAUACCUUACGUCGAUAUAUUGUUUGGAAAUGAAACUGAAGCAGAAGCCUUUGCGAAAGCGUUUAAUAUACCGGGCGAUAACUCUGAGCAGAUCGCAAAGAACAUAGCUACUCUUCCUAAACUAAACAGCACAAAGCCAAGAGUGGUCGUAAUAACACAGGGCAGCGAUCCGGUCAUCCUCGUUGAAGGUAACAAAGUUACUUUAAUACCUGUGAGGAAGUUAGACAAGGAACAAAUUGUGGAUACGAAUGGUGCUGGUGACGCGUUCACUGGAGGGUUCCUCAGCCAACUUGUACUCGGUAAGCCGUAUGAAACUUGUGUCAAGUGCGGCAUCUACAGUGCAACUCAUAUCAUACAACAUUCUGGCUGUACUUUUAGCGGUGACAGUGAUUUUCAAGGAUGUUGAUGACAAAUAACAAUAUAACAAUGUAAAACGCAAUCCUAGACUGAUAUUGCAAUAAUCAUUUAAUCUCAACAAUCAAAAUAAAAUAUUUUACAUUAUUUAAAUAGUCCGGCGCAUAAAUGUGAUGUUAGUGCAAUUAAAUUCACCGAAAAAUUUAAUAAAUCACGUGUAAAAUCGAUAUUUAAAACAUCCUUCAAUACACUGACAGCUGCUGUCAAACUAACAUUGACAAAUGAUAAAAUCCAAACCAUAGAGCAGGUAUGUCACCCAACAUUUUUAUAUGGCUACACAGCACAUUUCGUAAAUGUCACCAAAUUGUAAACUGAAAAUAAAACAAACCAAUUAUUUAAUACAUAGUAGAUGGAUAAAUUAAUACCAAUAGUAAAUAUUUAAUAUACUUCUCUCCACUUGACAAACACUUUACUGAAAUCGAAUAAUUGAAAAUUAUAGUAUUACAAAAAGAUCUGAUUGCAUAUUAAUCACCCUGCAGAUAUUGUUUAAGAAGGUCAUAUACUUUGAUAUUUAUUUUUCUUCUAUUUUACGUUUAGAAUUAAUCGUGUGUUUCUGAGACCAUAAUACCAGAUUAAAACUGUUAUCUCUGUUUUGUCAAAGAUAAUGACAGG